AUGUGGGGCUUAGCACCGUCGCCUCCGCGUCGGGCCUCACCCCCUGCGCUUAGACCCGUCGUCAACACAAGCAUGGCCUCCCGAGCCCCUGAAACAUCCGCGGACGAACCUUCUACCAAGUUCCUCACACCAACCCUGGCCAGCAUUACCGAAUCACUGUCUUUGCUUGGCGUGAGUCCAGAAUCACUAGCAAUGAGCCUUGGAGAAUCACUUGCUGACCGUUACCUGGCUACGCUACGACCGAAACCAGUGGAUCGGUCCGUGAUAGGGGGCUGCGGCAUUCCGCGUAGAACUCCUAUCGCCGAACCUUCUCUUCAGCUAUUUUCCAAUGACUUCAUUGACUACUUGAACCAGAUCGCAUAA